AUGAGGAAGGCGCGCGCGGGUGUGGCGGUGGACGUGGUCCCGUCUCUCGCUGCCCUUGCCGCGCCCGACGGUCCCCAGCCUGAACGACCGCCGCUAUUGCCCGUGGCUUCCCCCACCGCGCAUGUUCCGUUUCCUGACUCCGAUGCCGCACACGCCGCUCGCCCGGACCGUCACCGCGCGGGCAUGAACGGGAUUAUGAGCGAAGAAGGUGGGCGCAGGGGGAAAGGCGUAGGUGCGAUGGGUUUGCGGGUGUUGGAGGAGGUAGAAGGCGAUGCGGACGACGGUGACGUGCGCGCAGUAGCUGUCGACUCCCCUCCGCCUCUUUCUGACAGCUCGCCGGGCAGCGGGCGAUCAAUGCGGCAUUUGGGGUCGAGCAGGAGUAUGAUUAUAUCGAGAGGGCCCAGCAUGACGGAAGAGGAGGAGGACGAUGACGGCGACGGCGACGGGUUGUUGAGUGUGCGGCGAGGCGGCGCAGCGCCGCCGGUCUCGCUGUGGGGCGACGACGACUCGCGUUUGGAUACUACCCGAUCCGCGGCCACGCCCGGCAGCGGCCGCAGCAGCCGCAGCAGCAGCGGCGGUGCGUCGGCUGCCGGGCGCGCGCCGAAGAAGCACACGGGGGUGGGGCCGGCGCUGCAGCAGCGGCCGCUUCCGCCGUCGAUGAGCAUGAACCGCGCGCGCAUGCGCCUGGCGGGCAUGAAGCUCGACCUGCGCGUGCUGCCUUCCGGGCCCGCGGGCGUGCUCCUCCCCGAGCAGUCCGCCGCGCACCAGCUCUCCGCGCAGGGCGAUACUUCCGCUGGGCCGGACGGGUUCUCGGUGACGGGGGAUGGGGGAAGGUUCGGCGGGGAGGGCGGGCCGGGGGAGGAGGAGGAGGAGGAGGAGAGCGGGGAGGCGAUGCAGUUGCGUGAUCGGAAGGAGAAGUUUGUAUUCUUUGAGAAGCAGUGUAGCCGCGUGCUGCCGCAUGUGUACGUGGGCAGCGACGCUGUGGCGCGCGACAGAGGCAUUCUGCGGUCGGCGGGCAUCACGCACGUGGUGAACUGCGUGGGCUUCGUGUGCCCUGAGUACUUCCCGCACGACAUCACCUACAAAACGCUCUGGCUGCAGGACAACACGUCAGAGGACAUCCAGUGCGUGCUGUACGACGUGUUUGACUUCGUCAACGAGGUCAAGCAGGUCAACGGCCGCUGCUUCGUGCACUGCUGCCAGGGCGUGUCGCGCUCCACGUCGCUCGUCAUCGCCUACCUCAUGUGGGCGCAGCAAGUGGAGUUUGAGGACGCGUUCCGCGUGGUGAAGGACAUCCGCGGCGUCGCGAGUCCCAACAUGGGCUUCGCGUGCCAGCUGCUGCAGUGGCAGAAGCGCGUGCUCUCGCCGCCCCCGCCAUCCUCCCCGCUGCCCCCUGCUGCUUCCCCACGCGCGCUCGGUGCUGCUGCUGCUGAUGGGGCUGGGGCCGGCGGUGGCGCAGAUAGCAGCGGGUGCAAUGGCGAGAGCGCGGGGCAAGGAGGGCAGGGGGGGCGGCAGAUGGAGAACGUGCGCGUGUACCGCAUGGCACCGCACUCGCCGUACGACCCGCUGCACCUGGUGCCCAAGAUGCUCACCGUCGUGUCUGUCUCCUCGCUCGACCCCAGAGGCGCCUUCAUCGUGCAGGUGGGCGCAGCGCUGUACGUGUGGCAGGGCGCGGAGUGCCGGCCGCCCAUGCAGCAGCAGGCGCAGCACGCAGCGGCGCAGAUAGUGCGGUACGAGCGCCUGCCAGCAGCGGCCUCUCUCAUCCACCAGGGGCAGGAGCCGCACGGCUUCAAGGCCGCGCUGAGCGCGCAGCGCCUGGUGCGCGGCGGCAGUGGCGAGUGGGGCGUGUGUCUGAGCGUGCUGGAGCGCGAGGGGCUCACGUACCUGGGGCAGGACGCGCACCAGCUGCCGGGCCAUGGCGCCUUGCACUCCGACCCCGCUGCCAUGCUGCCCGUGCUCGUGGCCGGGGGUAGAGGCGGUAGUGGGCGGGGUGUGGGCGAUGGUGGGAGUGAGAGUGGGAGUAGACGGGGCGAGUGGGUGGUGGAGGAGCGGGAGGAGUAUUCGUUUGACUUUGAGUGUUUCAACAAGGGUCUGGACGGAGGCACGCCGCAAGGAGCAGGGGCGAUGUCAGCGCCGGCCACCAAGGUGCUGCCGCAUCAGCACAGAGGCUGGCUGGAGUCGUCCCUGCCUCUCAACCCCGCCUACUCCCUCCCUUGGGAGUCUCCCGACGCCACCCCACGUGGCUCUCAACCCUCGCCCGCACUGCCAACCCCAGCAGCAGCAGCAGCAGCAGCAGCAGGAGGAGGCAGCGGCGUUGGGUCAGCGGUUGCAUCCACCAGCUCUGCGCUGGCGCGCCUCACCGUGCACGACGACGAGGUGGACGCAGGCAGCAUGGGCAGCAAGGCAGGGGAGGCGCGCGAGGCGAGGGGAGGUGAGGAGGGGAGUGCGCCUCGCAAGCCAGUGUUUGCGCCGCUGCCACUGCAUGCACACACGUCCAUGCCGUCCCCCUCGUCCUUCUCUCCGCGCUCCCUGGGUUUCUUCCCCCCCUCCGGCAGUGGUGCCUAUGGCGCUGCUCUGAGCAAGUUCUCCAAGCCCGCUGCUGCGCGCGACCCUCACCGACUCAAAGACCAGUCAGGCAGGCCCUCGGCAGCAGGCGAGGGUGACGCGGGUAAUGGCGCUGGCACUGCCAGUGGCAGUGGGAAUGGCGGUGGCAGUGGCAGUGGGUUGAGAAUGGGAGGGCUUCAAGUAACCGAGUCAGGCAGCAGUGGUGGAGGGGUGAGGCGAGGCCUCCCCCCACUGACGCCCCGCACCAAGGGGGGAAUGAAGGCGCAGCAGGAGAAAGGGUGGGGGGCAGAGGCGGAUAUAGGUGAUGAGGAUGAGGGGCUGAUGGCAGUGGAUGGAUUGCAGGCUAUCACAGAGGUGGUUGACCCAGGGUUGCAAGAGCAGCACAAGGGAGGGCAUGCGCAUGGGGACAGCGACGUGAGUGGUGGGGUAGGGCCGGUGUGGUUGCCAUCUCCCAGACAUGGCAAACCCAAGCUUAGAGCUGCAUGGGAGGAGGGCGAUGGGGACGCGGUAGAGGAGGAGGAGAGAGGAAGGAGAAGUGAGGUGGGUGGUAAGGAGGAGGAGGGGGUGGGAGCAGUGUUGGGAGCUCUGCCUCAGAGGAGAGGCCGGGUGGUUCGUGGCUCUCAGAGCACAGGCAGCGAGGCAGGUGCUGUGGACGCCCGUGGUAAGGCUGUUAAGCUCCCUCCUAGACCCGCUCUGCCGCCCUCCGCACCUUCCGCUGAUAGCAGCAGCAGCAGCAGCAGUGCCUUGAAUCCUGGUGCGGCUCUCCCUCCUGCCCCUCGUUCCAGCUCGCACUCAAAAGGGCGGGGCGAUGGUGGAGAGGGUUGGGGUGAGAGUGGGGAAGGGGAAGUGGACAAGGCUGAGAGCAGUGGGAUGGAUGCCUUUGGUGUGCCUCUCACUCCAAGACGACGACUGCCGCCCAGAUCAGCAUUUGGAAGAGGGUUCAAGGGAGACGAUGGGGACCAAGAGGGGGAUGGGGGGAUGCGGUCAAAGAGACAAGGGGUAUCGCGCAAGGAGAAGGAUUGGCCACCGAGCGGUGAUGACUAUGGGGCGGAGGGCGGUGUGGGAUCGGAGGAGAGGGAUGAGAUGGAGGUUGAGGAUGGCAUGGGUGCCGGUUUGGCUCUUCCCACUCCUCGACGCCUAGGUCCACAAAUUAAGAAGAUAUUUUAG